UCAGUGUACCAAUCCAUAGUGCAGUGCUCGUGCCUACAGUGAGUUCAUGGAUACCCCGGGAUAUUAUUAGAACGUGUGCUAAAGGCGGCCCAACCAUGGCCGCCACGGCUCGCCGCGAGAUCGACACCGGCGAGGAGGACAUCGCCGCGAUCGCCAAACAAAUAUCUGACCAUGCCGAAGCUAUCUAUCAAACGUGGAAAGCGCGCGGUCUAGCGCCCACCGAAAUAUUGUCAUGUAGGCCCACGCCCGGCCUUAAACUGACGGAGAGUUUGCGAACAAAGCCAAAACCGGAACCGAAGCCCGAAAUAAAACAGCGGCCUGAAUUUCGUAGAGAACGCCCUGAAAUUCGUGAGCAACGGCCGGAUCUUCGGAGAGAUCAGAGACCUGAACUCAGAGAUAUUCACUCCGGAUCUGAGAGGGAAGCGAUGAAUCUGCCUCCCGAUUUAGUUCCAGAGCGUAAUGGCAGUGCUAAUCCCUCAAUUGGGAGACGGGACAACGCUGCUAUGCGGCUGGAAGUCGCACGCGAGGAGGAACGGCUCCUUAGGGCACUCCGAACAGGUGGAGUGGUUGCAGAGCGUCCAUCAGAAAGGCCUGAUGUAGUGCCUCCUAUAUCGCUAGUAGAUUACGCAAAGAGUCGGUAUCAAGAUCGACUAGAUACAGGCGCGCGGAAGCCAGUUGCCGGCGCGAGUGGUGAACGACGGGCUUCCCUCGGCUCCCAUGUGACGGAGGCGAGGUCGAAGUUCGAAGCUCGAGCGCGCCGGUCUUCCAGCGCUGGUGCAGCCGAAUCUGGCUCAGCCACCGGUCAGACGCCAGUUCGACCGUUCCUUACACGAGGCUCUGUAGCAGAGAGAGUUCUUAUGUUUGAGCGCUGUCCGAGUGAAGCGACAUUAGAACUUGCAAAGCGAAAGUCACCAGCUGCUACUACUUGGCGAGGACCCCACGACGUCAUCAAUAGAGCACAGAACUAUGCAGCAUCGACACCUCCAAAGCCUUCAUCAGCGCCGCCCCACACGACACUACAGAGAUCGGUCAGGGCGGCCGGCCCCUCCAGGGUUAUACCACGGUUCUACUUCCCCAAGGGCCGGCCGCCGCCCGCCCAUCAGCAGGACCACGCGCUACACAAAGUUCAGUCUGCCUUCGCUACAUUUCCAAAUAGUCAGGUCCCUCGGGAGAGUUUCAAACACAUAGUAAAAGCCUGCGAGUGCCCACUUUACUGGAAGAUGCCUUUGUUCCUUGCAACGCAGCAGAACCUCCACGCUCCGGUGGAUGGCCACAAAUUCAUAGACUUUUGGAGAGAAAUGAGUACAACCUGCCACGAUCAAGCUUCAAGAUUCGUGUACAUUUUAACGAGAGGCAAAAGCAAUACUCUCUCGCCAGAAGACUUCGUUCCUUUGGUCCAGGAUGUUGUGGAUACACAUCCUGGCCUCUCCUUCUUGAAGGAAGCCACGGAGUUCCACUCGAGAUAUGUUCAUACUGUGAUCGCCAGGAUAUUCUAUUGCGUGAACCGAUCGUGGUCUGGCAGGAUAUCGAUCCCAGAACUCAGAAGGUCCAACUUCCUACAAGUCAUUCAGCUUCUAGAGGAUGAAGAAGACAUCAACCAAGUUACACAAUAUUUUAGCUACGAGCACUUCUACGUCAUCUACUGCAAGUUCUGGGAGCUGGACAAAGAUCACGACCUCUUCAUCGACAAACACGACCUCGCCAGGCACAACGACCAUGCUCUCUCCAGUCGCAUGAUAGAGCGUGUCCUCUCUGGGUGUGUCACGCGUGGCAACCAGAACCGCCUGACGCCCCGCGGCGAGCCACGGAUGUCCUACACCGAGUUCGUGUGGUUCCUACUCGCUGAAGAGGACAAGAGCCAUCCUACAGCCAUCGAGUAUUGGUUCAGAUGUAUGGACCUUGACGGUGAUGGCUUCAUCUCUAUGUAUGAGCUGGAGUACUUCUACGAGGAGCAGAUGCAGAGGAUGGAGGCGAUAGGAAUCGAAACUCUUCCCUACAAUGAUUGUUUAUGUCAGAUGUUGGAUAUGGUCCAUCCAGCUCAGCAGGGCAAGAUCACGUUGACCGACUUAAAGAAAUGUAAGCUCACUCCGAUCUUCUUCGACACAUUCUUUAACCUGGAGAAGUACUUGGACCACGAGCAACGGGACCCUUUCGCUACUCAACGGGAUUCUGAUUCAGAGAUGUCCGAAUGGGAUCGCUUCGCAGCUGAAGAGUACGAAUUGCUCGUAGCAGAAGAGGGAGGCAGUGAUGCCCAGGACCAAAUCUCGUACGAUGAAACUGAUGACGACUGUCUGUCGCCGAAUAUUGACGACGUUCGCACUGAAGUUAUAGAUGAUUCAAGCGUGGAAGACUCGACCCUCAGCGACAGCAUCUCCAACCCUCGGGGGAAGGAGGCCGUGCGACCCUCGGGCUACGUCAACCUAAGCACAAUUUAUGCCCUGGGCGCUCCGGACCGAUGGGCCAAGACGAACGUCCCGGAAAGAAAGACAGAAAAACCCAUCCCACCAGAAAAACCGGUCAGUUUAAUGAUGAUGAACGGGAAGAUGGACAGGUUCAACAACUUAAACAAUAGUUUUCUCUACUCCCAAAUGUUAAAUCCGAGAGCGAAAGACCCGCCUUCUUACACCGCGGCCACCGGUGGCUCGGACAAAGAGGCGAAGAAUAUCGCGUCCCCGAAGAAAUCGCCCACGAGCCCGGUCAACGGAGUCAGCAAGAUCUCAGACAACUACGAACGAGCCGUCGCAGAGAGACUGAGUCCUCAACGGGAGAUCUGCAGACUGAACCGAAGCGUAUUCAGCAAAGUGAACACCGGCAUCGUGGCCAGCAAAGUGAAGAAAACCGGUUCGCGGAACGACGAAGAAGACGAAGAUUACGCGCGGGACAGUGACGAGUGCUCAAUAUAGAGUGAACCAAAGACUUGUACGUUAGAGAAUUUAGCGUAUCCCGAGGUACGUGCCUUGUUCGUUGGAUAUUAGGACGUAGAUUUAGACAUAGAACGGUGUGUUUUAACAUCGCGUUGUUAGGUCAAGUAUUAUUCUGUAUUCAAUUUAGUACGCAUACGAAUUCAUAAACGAACGUAGACAGUGUUAAUUUUAGUAGAAAAUUGUUUAAUUUACGGUCCCUCUUUGUAUAAGAUAGAAGUCGUUAAACUUCCUUUAAAAGGCUAAAAACAGAGCUUAGUAGCUAAACGAUUGCUGCAAAAACUAUUUUGUCCAGAAGGUAUAUGAAGAUUAGCAGCAGUAUUUUGAAAAUGUUUAUAUUAGAUUAAUUGGAAACUAAUGCAGAUCUCUUCCGAUGUCGCGCUAACUCAUAUCAAAGGUGUUGUCAUAUGUCAACUGUCACUGUGUGUAAACGUUAGCGUGACAUUGAAAGACCAUCUCAACUUGACUGUUUUGUUAAACUUCUUCUUUCGUCAAGCUCUAUCACACAAUAGUCAAUUGCCAGUGCCAAGUGUUAUCUGUCAAAUUUAAGUUUGCGUGACUUUGAGAGACACAUAUCUCUACUUGACUGUCUACGUUAGUAUAAGAAAAUAAAAAUCUCUGCUUUAAAAACGUCGGCCUCCACAAUCCGUCUCAAAUCAUUCAUAUCACAGCUCCAUCCAUAGCGGCAUAGAUUCCCAUCAAUCGCUUUAAGCAUACUAAAAUAUUAAUAAACACGCACAGAUGUGACUUAGAAUAGCAUAGGUAAAUAUUUUUAUAUCAAUUCCAAAGGACAAAUGAAAAUCUCGUAGAAAAAUUUCUUCAAAAUAAUGAAUAAUAUUAAUUAAUCUGAGUUAAAUUGGUUAACCAAUGAUUUACUUUUCAGAAUGGUUAUCUUAACUUUUAAAGAUAGUAUAACCAUACUUGUUUUACUUACAAGUUUACUGUUUUACCUUAAUGAUAAAUGUAAGCAAAGGGGCUUAAAUAUGCUAGGCAUUUUUUGAAAGGAUAAUAGGAGAAUAUUUCAAAUGUUUUAUUAUACACUGGUAAUGGGAUAAAACUAAAAAAAAAUACAUAGGGUUAUUUAGUUUUUGGAGUCACUUGAUACAUGGUUUUAAUAAAAACGAAACAAGUAUGUCGCAAAUAAGAACCUCAUAUUUUAAAUUCUUAAAAAAUAAUAUAAAUGUAGUUUUAAGAAGCACAGCUUUCCAAAAGUUUAUGAAAUUCUGAAUUCCUUAGCAAUCCGGAUAUAGAUCUUAUUCAAUUUAGUGACUUAUAUUAUCAAACUCAAGCAUUUAUAAUAAAAAAAACUUCUUUUUUUAAAUAAAAACAAAAUGUGGUUUCGGCUGUAUUGUUAAAACUAUUUUUAAGAUUUUUACACCCACAAAUGUUAAUGUUACUUUACAUACUAGAUCGCGCUGUGUGAAUUUCAAAAUGCAUUAUACAAUGAAACCGAAGCCGUGUGUUAUAAACAUUUUCAGUGCUUUGAAAGUUGCCCCAUAUUUAAAUCUCUUUAAAAUUAUAGUUUGUACAUUGCUUUGAACAUAACAAGCAGCUGUAUAUAUGCUUAAACAUCGCUAGUUUUAUAUUUUUAUCUAGUCUACAGGGUGCUUAACUGUUUGAUUGAAUAUUAACCAUAUAUUAAUUUGUAUUGGGAUCAAAAGCAAUGAAGGAACGAGUUGCAUUUGACUCAUUUUAUUUAGUUUUAUUUGAAGUAACAAGACGUUACUAUCUUUUUAUUUUUAUUUUUUUAGCAUGUAUAGAUAUUAUUAAUUUACAACUGUUACGGCCUUUUUAUAAAAGAUAGACUAAAGAGUACCGUGAUUACCACUCCUUUUACAUGGUGUCAAAAAAUUAAGGCAAGUUCUAAAAUACAUUAAAUCAUAAUCGUAAUUGACAGAUUUUAAUUUUAAUGUAAAGUACUAUUGUCAAUGGUCAAUGGUAUAUGUCAAAUGACAAUAGUAAUUGACAAUUUGGAAUAAGCAUAUUGUGUUUAUGUAUAUAUAUAUAUAUAUAUAUAUAUAUAUUUCUUAUUUACUGCUAUGGCCAAAGAAAUAUAUGUAUCGAACAUUGUCAUUAAGUUCUUGUAUUAGCAUUUUUAGUGAGUUUAGAUUUCACUAGCCGAUAAAAUUGUCACAAGUUUACGUUUAGUCUUGGCAGUAUGUCAAAUUUUGACAACUUAUUUUCAUAGAUUGCGUGAUAGACAAGUUUGCGCGGGAUGAUAGAAUAGUGAAUGAACAAAAUGAUUUUGCCCACACGCAGAUAUGACGCGCUCUCAGGUUGUAAUUAUAUAUUUGUUUUACCUGUAACUUAAAGUUGCAGUGACGAUCUUUACCAAUUAUUAACCAAAAAAACUUUUGUUCACAUUUUAACAAAUUUUAUAAAUAUGUUGGUUACUGAAGUUGACUUAGAAUGUAAGUUGUGUUGUAGUUUGUAUGUUUGUUUUUGUACGUUGUGCGAAACUACGCAUUUACUAAUAAAUUUGUGUGUGAAUUGUAGUUAUGUGGGAAAGUGUUUAUAAUUGUUACUAGGACAACCUAGGCCUAUAUUUGGUACUAGGACAACCCUUAUCUUCCAUUUUAAUAACCCCAAUUAUUUAGUGCCAUUAUAUCACUUUUGUAAAACAAAUGUAUCUUUAAAAUUCUCACUAAUUAAUGAAGCGUAAGAAUCACUUAAUAUGUAUUUUCACAAUCCCUUAGCAGAAAUACACAAAACCGAAACAACCCAGGCAUUUCCAACACUCUCUGUCUAUUUUAUAGCCUGAAUAUUUAUUCCGUUAAGUCUACAUGGAGUUUCAAUUACCAAAACAAUUCAAUUUACAUAUUUUUUAUGCUAAGGGUGAAGGAAAUUAUUGUAUUUUGACUUACAGUUAAUACAUUCAUGUUUAUCAAAUGUUAGAAAUUACAAAAUAACUGUUAUGUUUGUAUUUUGAAAAUAAGCAAUAAUUGAGGAUUAAAAUUAAUUCUAGGAAUGGAAAUGGGCUUGUUUUUCUUUAUUAAUUUCCUAUUAGUGAUAACUGAAGAAAUAAUGUAUAUUAAUUACCAUUUUUUAAAGUAUUGUUAACCGAUUUGUAUGGAUUGUCAGUAGUUAAGUCUAUGAUAAUUUAUUUAGUGUUGUUUUUCUAGACAUAAAGAAAUUUAUAUUCCUAUGUCAUAUUUUAAGUGCAAUUUUAGGUCUUGUCAAAAAUUUCAUUGCAAUUACAUGUGAAUAAAUUUGUUUGAAUUUUUUGAAAACGCUAGAAGUGAUUUAGUAUGUUAACAUAAAUAAUAGGCACUAUGGAAUGACAGAACUUAUAUUAAUAUAGUCAAAUAAGAAUAAUAAAACAUAACAGUUACAGUAAUGAAUUA